AGUGAAGACGCUUUGAUAGUGCCCUUCCCCUGUGCUGGUUCUUUAUAUUAAUUUUGUAGAGGAAUAUGGUGCUUGAUGGUUAGUAGAAACGAUCAAGGAGCAAUUGGUGCCAGCAGAAAAACGUGGGGGCUCGGGCGGCAGGAUGGCUGAGAAGUUUGACAACCUGGAGGACCAUUUGGAGAAGUUCGUGGAGAACAUUCGCCAGCUGGGAAUCAUUGUUAGCGACUUCCAGCCCAGCAGCCAGGCUGGCCUCAAUCAGAAACUGAAUUUUUUGGUAAGGGGCUUGCAAGAUAUUGACAAAUGUCGACAACAACUUCAUGAUAUCACUGUACCCUUGGAAGUUUUUGAUUACAUUGAUCAAGGGCGCAAUCCACAGCUUUAUACCAAGGAGUGCCUGGAAAGAGCUUUGGCUAAAAAUGAGCAAGUCAAAGGGAAAAUUGACACCCUAAAGAAAUUUAAGAGCCUUUUAAUUCAAGAAUUAAGCAAAGUUUUUCCAGAAGACAUGGCAAAGUACAAAGCAGUAAGAGGGGAAGAUCAUCCUCCUUCAUAAAAGCAUAAGCUGCUCAGAGGAGCGAGAGGAGCAUUCUCCUUCAUAAAAAUGACUAACCCUGGAGGAUUUCCUCUCAGAAAGAACACUCUAAGCAGAAAUGAUUAGUUCUGAUGACAAUUCAGUGACUCUUGCUCUGCAAUAAACGUUAUGAGUGUAUGAUGACAAAAACUGCCAAUAUGAAACAAUUAUACACCAGGCACACCACAAUCUCUGUUCAAUGCAACUAUGAAUAUAUCUGUAAUAAACUCAAACUGAGAAGGAUCCUUGUCAAAACAGAUGAAGUUGGAUGUCAGAGGAUGCAUUAGGCAGAACUCACCCUUUAACUUGUACAACGCUUAUGAAUCAUGUCCCUUUGCUUUAUACAACACAUGAUUAAUGGAAAAAUAAGUAAUGUCCACUACAAGCAUUGUGUUGGAUAUUAAAACUACAGAAAGCAUUGUCUAGCAAAUUUGUAAUCAUUUACUUCCUCUAAGUUUAAAAGCCUUUACUAUUCAUAUGCGACAGCCAGUAGCAUUGGUUUUGAAACAUUUUAUAAAGCCUAAUGUAUUGAUCUCUGUAUUGGUUGAUGUGGUAUUAAUAAAUUAUAUUUUGGCUAUGAA